CGACAUGGCGGCACGUUGGUCAUGACAACCCACCGACACGGCCAGCAACCCACGUCCGCCGCCGAUGCGUCAUUUCCAAACAUGCGAGCUUCGACCGUGACUGUUGUUUUGGCUGCCGUGGGUGCUGCGACUGCCGCCACCCUUCCGCCAGUGAACUUUUCGUGGUACCCGUGCCACUUGUACACGACGGAGGAUGCCAACUCGACGCUCGUGAACCCGGCGACGGGCGAAGACAUCGACAACCCGGCCGCCGAGUGCGCCGACGUCGUCGUGCCUGUUUGCCACCCCGACGUUUGCGUGUUUGCGAAUGGAACCAAAUCGGACAUCACUGUGUUUGUCAAGCGCAUGCAAGCCAACGUGAUCACGACGCCGAAGAAGGCGCUGUGGGUAUUGCAAGGUGGCCCUGGGCACUCGAGCGAAGCCAUGGAAGGGCUCAUGAGCGAAGCGUACGCGGCCGCGAACGGCACGAUUAGUGUGUACACGAUGGACCAUCGAGGCGUCGGCCGCAGCACGCUCCUGAGCUGCGUCGAUACCAAAACCGAAUCUGACUUGGCAGCGUGCUUGGGCCAUAUCAAGGCUACGUAUGGGACGCAAGCCCCCGCGGCGUUUUCCGUCACGAGCGCCGCGACCGACUUGAAGCGGUUUGUCGAGAGCUCGACGUUUGACGACACGGACGUGUUUGUGUACGGCGUCAGCUACGGCACGUACCUGGUCGAGCGGCUCAUGCACUUGGCACCGACCACAGUCAAAGGCUACAUCCUGGACAGCAUCCAGAGCGAGCAGUUUUACCAGCGCAAGUCGGCGCCAUACUACUCGAAUUGGGACCAAGACGUUGGUGAAAUCGUCGAUCGGUUCCUCGCGUACUGCGACCACGAUGACUUUUGCAGGUCGUACAUCGGCCCGGACGCCAAGCGGACGCUGAUCAAGCUCUACAAGAAGCUCAACAACCAUCACACCAUGACCGAGUGCGCCGAGAUCCUGCGCGAAUCGGCCAAGCAGCUCGGGUACACGACCCCGUCCGACGCGGCCUCCAACACCAUGUACAACUGGCUCGGAUCGCGCGCGACCCGCGUCUUCAUCCCGGCGUACAUCUACCGCGUCAACCGGUGCAACCACGACGAUGCGAUCUGGCUUCGCAACGUGCACCCGCCGGCGCCGAUCGAGUCGCCGGGACAAGUCGCCCAGCGAGGACCGUACUUGAACGGCACGGGCAUAUCGGACGUCGUGUACAGCGACAUCGUGUUCAACGAGAUCUGGAAAUCGCCGUCGCCCACCGCGGACGAACUGUACCAACAGAGCGUCGACGCGCUCAUCUCGCUGGGGAACGUGCCAGCGUCCCAGACCAAGAUCGCGGCCUACUGUGUGUUCAAAGGCAACGCAGAUCCCGUUUGCGAUGGCCACCCCACGUUCAACGAGAGUUUUGCCUACCCCCGCGACGCGUACUGGAACAAAACGGCGGCCAUCCCGCGCGGCGCGAGCGUACUCAUGUUCACGGGGUACCUGGACCCGGCGACGCCACCCAAAUACGCGAUCGACGAAAACAAAACGAUGCAAGGCACGCAGAAGCUCCUCCUCGAAUUCCCCUUUACGAACCACGGCAUCAUGGGCAAUACGCCCGUGGAAGACCGCCCCCACGACAGCUGCGGGUCGACGAUCUUGACGUCGUAUUUGGCGGCCAACGGCGACUUGAACCAAGUGCGCGCCGAGUGCAUCCGCAACGUUGAAGUCCUCGACUUCUCCAAGUGGUCGGCCAACGUCUCGAUGCAAUUGUUCGGGUCGGAGAGCCCAUAUGAAGACACAAACGUUCAAGCGCAAGUCGCUGCGGUCGCGACCGAAGUGGUCAAAUCGUACGGCGCCCAGGUCGUCGUGCUGUCGGCACUGUUAGCGGUCGCUGUCAUUGCGCUUGUCGGCAUGGCCGUGUACGUGAUCCAGUUGAAGGCCCGCACUGGUGGGGAUGCGCCUGCCAAGGCCACCGCAGCGGCGGAGGUCGAGGCCGCCUCCGACGGCGCUGCUGCUGCGAAAGAAACGGGGAAACCGGACGAUGUAGUGGUGACGGUCUAAGCAAUGUGCACGUG